AUGCUGUCUGUACAUUCAGAAAUAGAUUCAAAUAUAGCAGCAUCAGUGAAGUGGGCGUGGGCUUUAUCGAUCUCAUUUGAGAUUCAGAUACCAGUACCCACCAAUCCCGAGGGAAGCUUACGGUCGAGUUAUCACAAAAGCGCCACCCAACGUCGUCCGUACUCCCGACUAUGGCGAGGAUCAAAUAGGAAAGUCCAAGAUGCGGAUAUAUUGAAGUCUUUUAUUCGGCAAGACGAGAAUGAUAAAUAUAAGAUCCAUGCAAUGAAUUUAGAAAUGCAGAACGAGUGGUUAGACAUAGGAGAUUUUUGCAUCCCAUUAGCAUUAAAAUGGCGCACUUUAAUUUAUGAUUGGUCGCCAGCAUUGCUAAAAUUCUAUCUCAAUGCGUUCCAGAUGACUCUCCCAGAUCAGAGUAAUUUAGUAAGAUGGGGUAAAAGUACCGAAAAAACUUGCUAUAUCUGUGGAAAGGCAGUUGGAACUGCUAAGCAUCUGCUGGUGGGAUGUAGGGUACUCCUGGACAGCGGUCAAUACUCGCGUCGUCACGAUAGGGUUCUAGAAGUCAUACGUUUUGUGAGAGAAGGCACUAGGGCUACAAAAUCAAACGUCAAGCCUUACUCCAUCCUUAAAGCGGCGUCGGAUUGGACUAUAAUGAUGGACACGUAUGAAAAGCAAUAUAAAAUCCCCGAGGAUAUUUGUGCGUCGGUCUCCAGACCGGAUAUAUUUUUGUUUUCGCGAAUUCUAAAGCGCGUAGUGAUGAUAGAGCUUACGGUCCCUUGGGAAACCAACAUCCCCAAAGACCAUACCAUCAAGGUCAACAAAUAUUACGAGCUCACAAACGAACUCACUCGAAAUAGGUUCGUAGUAGAUUUGUACGCGGUAGAGGUGGGAGCGAGAGGUAUAACAGCGAAAUCUCUCUACAACCUACUAAAGGACUUGGGCUUGUCCAGAACUCACAUUAAUGCAUUCUUGGAACGUAUAUCGAAGGCAGCCCUAGUAGGUUCUUUUCAAAUUUGGUUAGGUAGGGAGAGGAGCUUGGACAGUGGAGGUGAGCGUAUAACGCGCAUGUUUGGUAUGCUGAAUGUGCCUCAAACAUCUGGUAAGGUUCUUCGUUACUCCGGCCCCUCCAGACAACGUGGGGGAUCUACUUUCAUGGUUCCACCACAGAGAGACAGAUUCGAAGCGCUGAAAAAGCUAAUCCGACAAGAACAUGUUCGUGAAUUACAGAGGAAAUAUGAAACUGAGCAAAAACAAGAACUAAAGGAGAUUGCGGCGGGACGAGGGGGUGACGACUACGUAUAUGGGACUUAUGGUGAACAGGAGCCAAGGGGUUUGCAGAACUUGGAGUAUGCUGAUGAAGGAGGAGCUCAUUGGCAGCCAGGACACGGAAAGAAACCUCAAACCAACAGCCGUCAGGUAUCCCAAUUCUCUCGUUACUCCGACGUGAUGUUACCACCCGUACGUCGAACAUUCUACCAUCCGUACUUCGACUACGUACUACCUGAAUACGUACCGUACGGCUAUUGA